AUGCGAACAGUAGAUCCAAUACUCUGGUCCAAGAAGGUCCAACGUCGCAAACUGGACCUGUCCCGUCCACUGAGGUUCGGCUCACAAUGGGGGUUCGAAGCCCGCGUGAGGGGCAGCUUCAGAGACGCCAUGGAAGAGUUUUGGAGGAACUGCUCUGUAGGAGGCGUGAAGAGGAUUGUUAAUGAAGACACAACACAAAGCGAGAGAUACCGCUGGAUGCUUCUAGCAACCAUCUGCUUGGUAGCGGGUCUUGUGACCCUCUCCCUGAACCUGCGGCAGCUGGUGAUGGAGCCGCCCCUCGUCAUCAGCCUGCAGAGCGCGCAGCACUCCAUCCAGGACCUGGCCUUCCCUGCCGUGGCGUUGUGCAGCUUUAAUGUGGUCAGCAGGCGGAAGCUGAAUAUGUUUGCACAGAAAGUAUCCCAGAUUGACCGGAACCGCACCUAUUCCGCUGCAACUAUUCGUCGGAACCUGCUAGAUUCUGGCGCCCUGUUAACCCUGGCGCUGCCCAAGAUUGAUCUACAGUUUAUGCACUACGUCUCUCAAGUGGCUCCUGGCGGACUGAACAUUUCCUUACUUAUGCUGGAGCUAGCUCCAAGCUGCGAGGACGUCCUGCUGAAAUGCUCCUGGGCCGGCAGACAGACACCCUGCGAGAGACUGUUCGCGAGGCGCAUCACUUCUGUUGGGGUUUGCUGCGUUUUCAACGGGCGAUACGAAAAUGUAGACCGCCAAACUCCUCCGAAGAUCUUGAAGAAGGUCGGUUCAGAGAACGGCCUCUCAGUGGCCAUCAGAGAAGACGUUGACGACUUCGCUUAUGUCAGAAAACCUUCAAGUGGGACUGAGAUGCUGAUAUUCGACGGAGCUGAAUACCCGUUCCUGGAGGGCGGAUCCGUGCGCGUUCAGCUCGCUCCGCGUGAGACCUCAACCUACUACACAAUAAACGUCCGAGCACAAGUCGUCAGCCCCGAGAUCGUCUACUUCACCGAGGCGUGGCGCGGCUGCCGCAUCUCCAAGCCAAGCCACACUCGCGACAGCCGCAGUUACUCCUGGUGUCUGCUGGAGUGUCGUCGCGAUGCCGCUCUGCAGCUCUGUGGUUGUGUGCCCUUCUUCCUACAACCGAGGAAGGAACUAGUCUGCACGCUCAAUGAACUCAGCUGUUUGAACAAGCACCGAGAAAAGUUCAUAUACUACCACCCCAUGGGAUACUCCCUAGAAGAAACAGCCGGGGAGGCUCUCAGCGAGGAGCUUCAGGACGCCCUCUUCUGCUCCGAUUGCUGUGCUGACUGUGCUCGUCCCGUCUACCAUGUGACAGCUUCUUAUGCACCUUACCACGGUCGGCACAAGUCUGUGUUCUUGGAUAAAUUCACACACGGCCUAACUUUGAUCAAUACAAGCGUGGUCCACUUCUUCUACUCUUCAGAAGACCAGCACCUUUACUCCGUCAUGAGCAACACCGACUGGUUUGAAACGAUCGGUUAGUAUUCCUACAAGUUACUAUAAAUAGGAAAGUGUGUGUGUGUCUGUUU